ACACCAGUGGGGGGAAAGGAAAAAUUGAAGAAAAAAAAUCCGAACCUUGGAUACUUUUUUCGACCUCUCUUUUUUUGACCAGCACUGUCGACUCGCCUCUGCCCACCCACAAUAACUUCCGCGAGGCUUGAUUGUCCGGUCCCCUCCCGACUUCAAUCAACAUAUUAAGAUCAAAGAGAGAGAGAGAGAGAGAGACAGUUUGCCAAAAUGGCCGCGAUCAACUACCUCCUCUACGAGGCCCCCAUGGGCUACGGUGUGUUCCACAUCGAGCACCAGCCCGACAGCAUUGGCCUGCGCCAGAAGGAGGCUCAGGAGACCAUUGCCGACCUUUCCAAGUUUGGAAAGAUGGUGAAGCUGGUCAACUUCACUCCCUUUGACACCGGAAAGCAGGCACUUGACGAGAUCAACCACAUCUCCGAGGGUCUCAUGUCCGACCACCUCAAGUCCGUCCUCGAGCUCAACCUCCCCCAGACGAGCGGCAAGAAGAGCAAAAUCACCAUCGCCGUGGCCGAGAAGAACCUGGCCUCCGUGAUCAAGAGCUCCUUCUCCGGCAUCGACUGUGAGACCUCUGAGACCUCCGAGGUCGCCGGCGACCUCCUCCGCGGCGUCCGCCUGCACGCCGACCGCCUCCUCAAGGGCCUGCAGACGGGCGACUCGACCGCCGCCGGCCUUGGUCUGGGCCACUCCUACUCCCGCGCAAAGGUCAAGUUCAGCACCACCAAGAACGACAACCACGUCAUCCAGGCUAGCGCCACCGUCGAGUUCCAGGACAAGGGCGUCAACCAGUUCUUCAUGCGCGUCCGCGAGUGGUACGGCUGGCACUUCCCCGAGCUGGUCAAGAUCGAGUCGGACAACCUCACCUACGCCAAGCUCGUCCUCGCCAUCGGCGACAAGGCCACCCUCACCGACGACCGCCUCCACGACAUCGCCGCCCUCGUCGAGGAGGACGGCGAAAAGGCCCAGGCCAUCAUCGACGCCGCAAAGGUCUCCAUGGGUCUCUCCAUCACCCCCGCCGACCUCGAGAUCGUAAAGGGCUUCGCUUCCGCCGUCGUCGCGCAGGCCGAGGCCCGCCGCUCGACCGCAAACUACCUCGACAAGAAGAUGUCCAUUGUCGCGCCCAACCUGCAGACCCUCAUCGGCACCCCUGUCGCCGCCAAGCUCAUCUCCCACGCCGGCUCCCUGACCAACCUGUCCAAAUACCCGGCCUCGACCUUGCAGAUCCUCGGCGCCGAAAAGGCCCUCUUCCGCGCCCUCAAGACCAAGAGCAACACCCCCAAGUACGGUCUCAUCUACCACAGCAGCUUCAUCGGCAAGGCCGCCGUCAAGAACAAGGGCCGCAUCUCCCGCUACCUCGCCAACAAGUGCUCCAUUGCCAGCCGUAUCGACAACUACACCGAGAACCCCAACACCAAGUUCGGUGAGGCCCUCCGCCAGCAGGUCGAGGACCGUCUCGAGUUCUACGCCACCGGCAAGAAGCCCGCCAAGAACUCGGACGUCAUGGCCUCCGUCCUGGAGCAAGUCGAGGGCGACCUCACGCUCGACGACGCGGAAAUGGUCGACGCCGUCGCCGAGGACGUCAAGAAGGAGAAGAAGGACAAGAAGGAAAAGUCCAAGGACAAGAAGGAAAAGAAGGAGAAGAAGCGCAAGCGCGAGUCCGAGGUCGGCGCCGCCGAGCCCGAAAAGGCUGACGGCGAAAAGAAGAAGAAGAAGAAGUCCAAGUCCAAGGAUGAGUAAAGAAAAAGGUUGAAAGUUGUUUUUGUACAACCCUCCUCCUUUCUUUGCACAUACCCCCCUUCCCCAACCUUGUUCCAAAAACUCUUCUGCUCUUUUUUUAACGUAGGUCUGGCGGCAACUACCUUGGGCAUUUCCCGGCUUCUCUCUCUCAAUCUUGUUAUCUACUUGUGGCUUUCUUAACCUGUUCUGUGUUCUUUUUUUUUCUUGGGAGUUUUAUGGGGGGGAAAUGAGAGAGAAAAAACCGGGCUUAUUUGAACGGAGUUUUUGGGCUUUGAAAAAAUGUUAAUGCAUCAUUCUACAUAUGUGUGUAUGUACAGUUGAAAGAACAACCAACCGAACCCAU